AUGAGGCGCGCCAAACCCAAAAAAGCUCUUCCUCCUCCUAUCCUUUUCUCUCUCUUUUCGAUUUCUUCGAGCUUCCAUCAAUGGCGUCUCCAUUGUCUUCGUCCAUCAUUUUCUCUCACAAGCUCUUUCUCCUAACUACUUCUCCGGUCAAUGGAAGACUCCUCUUCACCAAACCAAAUUUCCGGUCCAAUCGAACUGGUGCCGGAGAUUUCCGCAUGCAAUCACAUUCAAAGUCCGGGAUGGUAGGCGCCAAGGAUCUGAUAUCUUCCUGCCAAUUUUCAACCAAUUUCGGUCUGAAUACUUUCGAAAAUGGAGUGAAGAAGAAUCUAGAGAGACUCAUUGCUACAGUUUUAAUAUUUGUUCAAGUCUGGUCUCCAUUGCCCUUUCCUGGUUUGGAUUUGGGGAAGAUCUCACCUGCAGAGGCUGUGCUUUAUUCUCCUGAUACUAAGGUUCCAAGAACAGGGGAACUCGCCCUACGAAGGGCCAUUCCCGCAAACGGGAACAUGAAGGCGAUACAGGCUUCUUUGGAAGAUAUAUCUUAUCUUCUGAGAAUCCCUCAAAGAAAGCCUUAUGGCACCAUGGAGAGUAAUGUAAAGAAAGCUCUAAAGAUUGCGGUGGACGAAAAGGAUUCUAUAUUGGCCAGUGUACCUGGAGACUUGAAGGAUAAGAGUUCGAAAUUGUAUGCUUCUCUCAUUGAUGGGAAGGGGGGACUUCAAGCACUUCUAAAGUCAAUUAAGGAUCAAGAUCCGGAUAAAGUGUCUGUUGGCCUGGCAUCUUCACUAGAUACUGUUGCAGAACUGGAGUUAUUACAGGCACCAGGACUCUCGUUUUUGCUCCCCCAACAGUACUUAAACUAUCCCAGGUUAGCAGGGAGAGGAACCGUGGAAUUCACCAUUGAGAAAGGCGAUGGUUCGACAUUUUCACCUGAAUCCGGGGGUGAGCCAAGAAAAAGUGCGACCAUUCAGGUUGUUAUAGAUGGAUACUCAGCUCCACUAACUGCCGGCAAUUUCGCAAAACUGGUAACUAGCGGUGCAUAUGAUGGAGCAAAGCUCAACACAGUUAACCAAGCGGUAAUCACAGACAAUGGAAUCGGUAAGGUGGAAAGUUACAGUGUUCCCUUGGAAAUAAUGCCGUCUGGACAGUUCGAACCACUAUACAGAACCCCUCUGAGCGUCCAGGACGGGGAAUUGCCGGUGCUACCUCUAUCCGUUUAUGGAGCAGUGGCAAUGGCACACAGCGAAGGCUCGGAUGAAUACUCAUCCCCUUACCAAUUCUUCUUCUACCUUUACGACAAAAGGAAUUCCGGUUUAGGAGGAUUGUCUUUCGACGAAGGACAGUUUUCGGUUUUCGGUUACACAACAGUUGGAAGAGACGUUCUUCAGCAGAUCAAGACAGGAGAUUUCAUCAAAUCUGCAAAAAUAAUUGAAGGACAAGAUCGACUUGUUUUGCCAACUGAGAACUGAUCAAAUCUCUCCCCCUCUCUCUAACCCAGGCUUCAAUCAUCUUCAUUCAUUCUUCAUUCGUUGGGGCAUAAUACUUGGUAUUGCAUGUACAACAAAGAAUGAAGAGUGGCACUGUUGCUGAAGUUGGGAUCAUAUUAUUACUUGGCUUAUACGGCAAUGGGCACGAAUUGGAUGCAUGAUAUCUUCGGAUCAUUCGAUUUCAGAUCCCAACAAUUCGGGUUUAAGGGUUUUGGGAUCCUGUCUGAAUCCAUCGUCAAUUCUAUUCAUUUCUCGGUGUUUAAUUCUGAAUAUUUGGAUAAAUGUUAAUAUUUCGUUUGUGUGAAGUAAGUGAUACUUUAA